AUGUUCAUUUCAGCUUUGACUGUUGUUGGAUUUCUCGCCAUCGGAUGCUACGCUGCUGAUGGUGAUCGACCUGCGACUGGACCUGUAUCAGAGCUCCAGUUGACCUUCGCCGAAGGAACAGCUUGGGUGGACUCUUCAGGAGUAGCCACGAAAGGAGGGGAUAAUGGCGAUGUCCCCGUUACUCGAGAUUUCUCUUGGACUCAAGAUGGCGUAGACCUUCACAUCAAGGACGAUUUCAAGAUUAAGAUUUACGUAGGGAAUAACGGCGACCCAUUCAAUUUAGAUUGUCACGCUCAAGGCAAAAAGGUAUCAGCUGAUUCCAAAGCCGCCUAUACCCUUCAUCCUGGAGAAACAACCAAGGGACAGUAUAUAGGAGGGAGCAAAUCUGAUAUAGCAAGAGUAUGGUGCGAUGGUGGUGACGGUUUACCAUUGAUUGAUUCUCUAUCUGGUAUUGUCGAGCAGGGUAAGCCGAUGUAA